GUGGGGAUGGGACUUCGUGUCUCUGUGUCCCCUGUACAAACUGCCUUUUACAUCAUCCUAGUGAUGAUGGGCAUCCUGGGCAAUGCCACUGUGGUUGGGGUGAUUGGUAAAAGUGUAAUGAUGGACCGUUCAGGGGGACGUAACUCGGACAUCAUUAUCAUUAACAUGGCACUGUCUAACCUGCUGGUGUCUGUUUUGAGAAACACACUGCUUAUCAUCUCAGACGUGGGACUCGAGUUGUACUCAUCCAAAGAGUGGUGUCAAUUCCUGAUGGGUGUCUGGGUGUGGUUGCGAUCGGUCAAUGUGUGGUCAACACUAUUUCUCAGUGCCUUCCACCUGCAGACCCUGAGGCGGGUGGCUCCUGCUAUUGGGAACCUUCACAGGACUCGGGGUGCUCCCAAGAUCAUACUGCUGAUUCUGGGCCUCAUCUGGCUUCUCAACUUAAUUUACUCCAUUCCUGCUCAUAUCUUUUCCACUAAUGGGAACCAGAACACCACAGAGACCUUGAUGCUGGUGAGCAGCACAACACGCCCCCUGCUGGGCUGUGUGUGGAACUUUCCAUCCAGCUUUAGCGGCCUGGCCUAUGCCACCACAUCUAUGGUGAUCCAUGAAACAGUUCCUAUAAUCCUGAUGGCCUUUACCAACAUAGGCUCCCUUUACACACUGUACACACAUGGCAGGAUGCGCAGCUCGGCGCAUGAUGCGCCUGUCAUAAAGCGAGUACCAGCUGAGAGACGAGCAGCCAAGGUGAUUCUUGCUCUCAUCAUGCUCUUCAUUGCAUCCUGGGGAACCAGCAUUAUCUCUGUCAACUAUUUCAAUUACAACCGUGGAUCAUCUGCUGACUUUCUUCUGGUCAUUGCUCGAUUUGCCAAUAUCAUUUUCAUUGCCAUGUCACCAGUUGUUCUGGCAGUUGGCCACCGGCGGCUGCGAUCCUUCCUCAAAUCUGCCCUCUUUCACUGA